GACCCAACUGAUGAGCAAGCUUCUGGAGCAAGUUAACAUUCACAUGAAAACAGUUACAGUGACAGGGUGGAAACAAUGACUGGUGUGGAAAGCUACCGCUUUUCCCAGGACUUAGCCCAUGUCUACUUGACAAUAUUUUCACUUUUCUGCUUCAAACUAUUUGUGAAAAUCAGCCUUGCUAUCCUCAGCCAUUUCUACAUAGUCAAGGGGAACCGAAAGGAAGCAGCGCGGAUAGCAGCAGAGUUUUACGGAGCUACCCAAGGUCAAGGUUCCUGGGCUGACCGUUCACCUUUACAUGAGGCUGCCAGUCAGGGACGCCUCCUGUCUCUUAAAACCUUGCUUGCCCAGGGUCACAGUGCCAACACAUUGACGAUAGAUCAUGUUUCUCCUCUGCAUGAUGCCUGUCUGGGAAACCAUGUGGCCUGUGCAAAAGCCCUCAUAGAAGCAGGUGCCAAUGUCAAUGCCACAACCAUUGAUGGAAUCACUCCCCUGUUCAACGCGUGUUCCAGUGGCAGUGCGAGUUGUGCAGAGCUGGUGUUGCAGAAUGGUGCCAAACUACAAGGGCAGGACUGUUGGGCUUCAGCCAUUCAUGAAGCAUCAAGUAAAGGUCGCAGUGAAUGUAUGCAGGUAUUGAUCUCCUGGGGUGUGGACAUUGACCUGGACAUCUCUCAACAGGGAACACCCCUUUAUGUAGCUUGUGUCCAUCAACAGUAUUUUUGCAUUAAAAAGCUUCUUCAUGCAGGGGCCAAUGUCCAGAAAGGCAAACAUUUGGAGACUCCCUUACAUGCUGCUGCCCGUCAGUCCAAUCCAGAAAUUGUUAAGAUGCUGCUUGAGUUUGGAGCAGACAUUAGUGCCAGAAAUGCAGAAGCUGAGAGGCCUAUUGAUGUUGCUGUCACCAGUAGUCCAGUGGAUAGGUUGCUUCUGCAUUAUGAAGCAACACCAAGCUCCCUGUGUCAGUUGUGCCGCCUGUGUGUUCGAGGUUGUCUCGGGAGAGCCCGCUUACAGUUCAUUCCACAGCUGGAAUUACCCAAACUACUGAAGGACUUCUUGCAGCAUAAGUAACCUACUUCCCUUUGAAUCCAACAGUCUGCAUAGGAAGAUGGUUUCAGAUCUUGGCUCUGCUCUUUUCUGUAUAUAGAGCAUGUGUUAAACCUGUCUAUAUGUAGUGCAAUGGCUACCCAUUGUAAUCCCUGUUUUUGUAGGCUGUUGUCUUUGUCUGGGCAGCUAAGAAUGUAGUACUGUAUGAUGAAACAAAUUGGAUUAGCAUCAGUCCCAAUGACACCAUUGAAUUUCUCCCUUUCUUACGUGCAAGCAAUGAUUGGGAGGGGAAAUUCAUCCCCAUCUUGCCUGUUGCUUUGGUGCAAAAUUAGGUGUGAGUGGUCACACCAGUUCCUGGGUUUAACCUCCCAAACCUGAGCUUUACCCCCAUGGAGACUUGUAAUUGCCUGGAUAGCUACACUGUUCAAGUAAAAACAAUGUGCUGCCUUUUCUGGAGAUCUGAAGCACAAACUGGAAGUACUCAGCAGGUCUGAAAGCAUCUGAGGAGAUAGAAACAGAGCUAAUGUCUGAGUUCAAUGUGACACUUCCUUGGAAUUGAAUGGAAUGUAGUUCUUCAAAUUAUGAAUUUUUUCUUCUCCUUCUUCUCUGAAUACCCUCUUUCCUAAUGUCUUCUUUGUAUGAAUUGGGUCUCAACAGAUCAGAUCAAAGAACCCUAACAGUGUGGAAGCAGGCCAUUCAGCCCAUCGAGUCCACACCCUGACCUGCC